CUGUUUCAGCGUCUUGCAGGUUGCAUUGCGUUUAUUGGAGCAGCGGUCUGGUUCCUAACGCGACCAUCAACUCUCGUACAGUACGAGGAUAAAAUUGUGUUUGGCACCUAUUUUGUUGGUGCAGUGGCCUGUUUAGGACUGUCUUUUGCUUUUCACACUGUGCAGUGCCAUUCUGUUGGCGUCGGUAAACUGUUUAGCAAAUUGGAUUAUACAGGUAUUAGUUUACUUAUUGUCGGUUCUUUCAUCCCCUGGAUUUAUUACGGCUUCUAUUGUCGUCUUCUGCCCAUGAUUAUUUAUAUAUCAAUGAUUUCGGUUCUCGGUAUCGCUGCAGUUAUCGUCUCGCUCUGGGACAAAUUUGCUCAGCCUCGUUAUAGACCUCUGCGCGCUGCUAUUUUUAUUGCUAUGGGUUUGAGUAGUAUUGUGCCAGCUCUGCACAUUAUGAUAAGUGAUGGCAUAUCAUACCUCAUCAAUGAAGCUGCAUUACUAUGGCUGGUUUUAAUGGGAAUCUUAUACAUAUUAGGCGCCGUUUUAUAUGCUACACGUACGCCUGAAAGGUGCUUCCCUGGAAAGUGUGAUUUGUGGUUCCAAUCACAUCAGCUUUUUCAUAUGUUUGUGGUGGCAGCUGCUAUUGUUCAUUUCCAUGGUGUCAGCAAAACUGCCGUAAAACGGUUGGAGCAAGGCUCAUGUGCCGAACAAAUGCUUGAGCAAUACGGCUACGAGAGUCCUCAUCCUCAGUUGCUUUCAAAAGCAGAUUGAAU